UUAUGCAUUUUUGUUUUUUAUUGCUGUCGCACAAACAGGACCAUUGGUGGCAACUUCACCAUAUUUGCUGCAUUAGCAAGAACGGACGUGUGGCUCUACCAAACAGGCGUCAUGUUUGACUUCCCCAGACCCACCAUGCCAAAUAUGGUCAGCAUAGCGGGUCACAUGGCUGAUGAAGUCAAGCCGCUCAGUGAGGAUCUGGAAAAGUUCAUGCAGAGCUCAGGAGAUGCCGGGGUGGUGAUAGUGACGUUCGGCUCCAUGAUAGCGGCUAUGCCCGCAGAGUUAGCCGACAUGCUGGCCGCUGCUUUUGCCCGCCUGCCGCAGAAGGUCGUAUGGCGAUACGCCGGGACACCUCCGCCAAGUCUGGGGACCAACACCAGGACCAUGGACUGGGUGCCUCAAAGCGACUUACUGGCUCAUCCCAAGACCAAGGCGUUUGUAUCACACUGUGGUUAUAACGGCAUAUCAGAGGCCAUGUACCACGGGGUACCGCUGAUCGGCAUGCCUCUGUUCGGGGACCAACACGACAACAUCGCCCGGGUGGUGGCCCGCGGGAUGGCGGUAACUCUGGACAUCCACGCCGUCACGUCAGAGGAGGUUUACCAGACCAUCACUACAGUUAUUUCUGAUCCCAAGUUCAAGGAGAAAGCCAAGUACGUCUCCACCAUCAGUCGUGACCAACCACAGUCACCCAUGGAGCGGGCAAUAUGGUGGAUAGAACACGUGAUCAAACAUGGCGGCCUCCCUCAUCUCAAGUCGAGGGCAGUCGAACUGCCCUUCUACCAGUACUAUCUGUUGGACGUCCUGGCUCUGAUUGUGACAGUUAUAGCCGUGAUAUUGUUGGUUGUCUGGAAGUGUUGUUUGUGUGCAUGUGGUAUCUGUAAGAGGGGUGGAAACCACAUCAAACAGAAAACAAUGUAGCAAGUUUAAACUUGUAAUUUCCAACACAAGAAUUUGGACUCACCCAAAUUUUCGACUGUACAACUUUAGUCUUUGUCAAGGAAUGAGCA